AUGGAUCCUUCACCAGGACAACACCAGGAGACGGUAAACCCUUCAAAAGGACAAGAAGAAAGAAAAGCAAGGGCACAACAACCAGAAGAGGCAGUCGUCAAGUGUCCAAGAUGUGAUUCAACCGACACGAAGUUUUGUUAUUACAAUAACUACAGCUUGUCUCAGCCGAGGUACUUUUGCAAGUCAUGUAGGAGGUAUUGGACCAAAGGAGGAACAUUCAGGAAUGUUCCGGUGGGCAGCGGCUGUCGGAAAACCAAGAGAUCAUCAUCAUCAAAGACCACCCAAGAUCAAACAUUGACUCCCAAUACCAACCAUCAUGAUGAUGCAGACCACCUCUCCAUUAUUGGAAACCCUUACCUUAAUGUUGCAGGUUCAGUUGCCAACCCUGUAUUCCAUGGAAACUUCAACGAUUUUCAGGGUUUUGGCUAUGGGAUUGGGAACAACAGCAUUGGGGAAACUGUUGACAAUGGUGGCCAAAAUCUGGGUUUCAAUGGGGAAAGGAUGAUGCUUUACAAUAGUGAAAACAUGAUUGAUCUGACAACAACAACAUCGGAUGUUGCAGGUACAAUAAUGGAACAAGACAGAACUGAGAAUAGAUCACUCUUAUGGGACUUGCCUUGGCAACUAAUCGCAGAUGCUGAUUCAGUAAUAGAUAACUGGUAUGGACUUCUUUUAUAG